AUGGCGUUCUUGGCUUGCGGGCGGUUGAGCGAGAGAUAUGUCACGCCGGGCCCCGACCAGACGUUCAUCUUUGAGCCCGUCGUUGCGCACGGAAUUGGGCCUGCCUAUGAUCCUGAGCAGGCACAUCUUGUAUUUCGGCACAAUUCGCAGAUUCCUGAGCGAGUCAAAGAGAUUGCGGAAUCAGAAACAUGCCUCGUUUAUCUAGGCACGCUGGAGUAUCGCGAGGAGCCAGACCCUAAGGAGCCCAUAUGGACGAAGGAUGUGGUGUGCAAAUUGGUUUAUUCCCCGUCGAAUGAGGAUCACCGGAAUGAAAUCGAUUGCUACGAACGCUUGCGCGACCUCCAAGGCUCCUCAAUCCCCAUUUGCUAUGGGCUCUACAAAGGCAAUGUCACCAGCGGCGAAGGUCAACGUAAAAUUGGAGUCAGCUGCCUUGUACUCGAGUACUGCGGCCUACCGACAUCGUUCUCGAAAAUGAACAAAGCGUUUCGGUACGAUAAUAAUUGA